AUGAAGAAACAACCAGCAGGACCGGAGGUUCGUUUCUACUACCUUAGCGAUGGUGUGACAAUUUCGACUCCCUCCAGCAACGGCCCAGGCGAUGGGUCGUCCAAGCCCGGCAGCCGAGGGCCGGAACUCAUUCUUCUCGCUUCCUGGAUGGCAGCCAAGCCAGAGCAUGUCGGGCAAUUCGCAUCAGAAUACCGCAGCCGAUACCCAAAUGCAACAAUCGUCCAUAUGGCUUGCUCUGUACAGGACAUGCUGUUCACUCCAACGGCAAAGAAACGGACCGAGCUUCAUCCCGUCGCGGAUAUCAUCCAAGCCGUCACGGAACAAGACGUCGUACCGCAGGCAAGCGACGGUACUAUCCUCCCAAUUAGCGAAAGGAAGCACCGGCCUCGCAUUCUUCUGCAUCUGUUCUCCAACGGGGGAGCUUAUAUGACUUCUCAGCUAGCUCGUGUCUACCGUGAAAAGACAAAAUCCCAUGUCCCCGUGGAUGCAGUUGUGCUCGAUUCAACCCCCGGCGUGGUUUCAUAUUCUGGCAGUCUCUAUGCAAUCAUGUCAUCCCUGGCUAAUGCACCAACAUUAAUUCGCCUAGUUGGGGGUAUUCUCGCGCGCCUGUUCUUGAUAUUCUUGUGGUUUAUUCAGAAGUUGGGUAAUGGUGAUGUCCUCACACAAGCGCGCCAUGAUCUCAAUGACGAGACGUUAAUCAACAAGAAAGCGUCGCGGCUUUACCUGUAUUCCGAAGAGGACGCCAUGGUGCGCUGCGAAGAUAUCGAGUUUCACAUCUUGGAAGCUCGCAAGUGCGGUGGGAAGGUUCGGAAGGAGCUGUUCCACGGAAGCGGACAUGUCGCGCAUGUCACAGCAGAUCAGAAGAGAUAUUGGAAAGCAGUGGAGAAUAUCUGGAAGAAGAUGGUUAAGGCAAUGCGCUGA